AUGGACUUUAUCUUCAACAAAAGCGAAGCUCGCUUUACAGACCGGACCGUGCAACCGGAAGCACAGAGGAAACGGAAAAGGACGAUCUUCAGCCGCGCGCAGUUGUCGGAGCUGGAACGCGCUUUUGCGCACACUCCAUAUCCAGAUAUCACACUGAGGGAGAAACUCGCAGCUCUCACCCUGUUGCCCGAGAGCAAAAUCCAGGUGUGGUUUCAGAACCGACGUGCUCGAAGCAUCAAGAGUGGCAGACUGACCAGACCGGUGAAGAAAAGUUCAGUCACGUCUAGUUAUAACUCAGAAACCGCUUUCCCUCAUCCAGGUCCCACUCUGACAGAUUCUUCUGCUGUAGGUCAGAGGAACAGACCUGAGGUUUACCAACCGUCUAAACUUCAAACAAAUGACCAGCAACAGAUUUCUGACUUGGAUUGGGUGAGGCAAGCAUUAUGCCCUUGGUCUCAAAAUCUGCCCCAGCCUACUCCUCCAGUCCCAUCUAUAUCUCCUGAUCUCCCUGGAGCACUCCCAUGGGCAAACCAGCCUUCAAAACCACCUGGAAGUCACUCUGUCUCAACAGAUCAGAUGGCAAGGUCAAUCCAUUCCUUACCUCAGCACCAGUGGAGUGAGUGUGCUGACAUUGGCACUCAUACAGCCACAUCUGGAAGCUUCUCAGCAAAACUGCAGUGCCACAUUAAUCAGAGCGGGCAUCCGUCUGUUCCCAUGGACCAGGUAGUUCCUUCACAUGCUACACAAAGCUGCUGGCAGGGAAGCAUGCAAAGACAAGGACAGGCCCUAAUGCACUACCCUCAGACUUCCCUAGGAGACAUCUCGGACCUGAUCUACAGUGCUGCUGUUGUCACCAACCUGGCUGACUUCUGACUAUGACUGCUUAUGAUUUAUUAUGAACUGAAAAUAAUUCAUUUAAACCUUUCAUCUCAAUCUUACAGUGUUUCCAUAGUUUUUAUUAUGAUACCUGAUAUGGACCAUUCCUUGAGCUCUGUGCUAGCUUCUAUACCAUCAAUAUUGAAGCUAUUCAAUCUAUUUAAAUAGAAUGAACAAUAAUUGGGAACAGUAUUUAUUAUACACAAUUAAUGAAAAUAGCCAGGGAUUUCUCUCUUAUCCCAUCACAACAUUCACACAGGCUCUUUUGAGAUCUUAUAUGUUCCAGCUUUAUC